AUGCCAAAGAGAUGUUAUAAAGAUGGAAAGGAUUACGCUGAGGGUGAGGCUUUUCAAGGAGGCCAUUUGCGAUAUCGUUGUCAAAAAUUCGGAGUCUACGUUAUUGAGGGAUGUCGAACCGAUGGUGGAAAAGAUUUAGAUGUGGGUGAUCGGGUACUCGAAGAGAACCUCUUGUCACAAUGCUUUAAGGAAGGUAACUCGAUUUUCUUUCGGCAAACGGUUUGCGGGAUCAUUGGAAUGCCAGCUUGUGACAAGAUUACACCAGAUUCACCACUUCUUGGUGUCGCCGGUAUGCAGGAAGUUGGUUCGGUGAGUCGAACGAUUUCCACUCAAGUUGGAUCCCCGUCAACGCUAGAGGAUAGCCCUGGUUUACCAUAUGGAUGGCAUAUUGUUGGAAAUGCACUUUUCCAUGAGCUUAACACUCAAAUUCAGAUCUUGAGUCUUUGUCUGACUCUCUGUCUGAUCAUCGCCCCCUCAGCAUCGGGUUCAUUUCUCGUUUGGUUAACUCUUCUCAUCUCAUUUCUCCUCAAUCUAUCUGCAGCCGCAAUUUUACUCUUUGAACUCGAAAAUAUCGUUUUCCCGCUUUUUCGAACGGUCUCCUACAGUAUGACAGAAUCUCUCGGAGCACUUCUCCUUGUCAUUCUUCACUUCGUUUCGUUGUGGUUGUGCUUCAACGCAAAAACCUACACAUCAAGCUUCGCAUGGACAGUUGCAGCGGGUAUCUGCCUACUUCAAUCCUUUGCCUAUGCUUUUGAUUUCUUUCAAUAUUUCCGAGAAUGGCUUCGUGAACAGAGAGAAGCCGCCAAUCGCCUUCAUGUUGAAUCACCAACAAGUUACGGACUUCCU